AUGGCGGUCAGCAAAGAACCAAAGCACAAUUGCAGGUACAGCAAAAACAAUGCAAUGAUGGCACACAAAGACACGUUUACUGUAAACAGAAGACAUGUAAGGCAUAAAACGAGCUCUCCUGAUUCUUGUCCAGCAGCUAAGUCAACUGAGACUCAUUUAGAAAGGUGCACACGAUUAGAGAGGGAAAAUGUUGAGGUGAAAAAUAAGCUGAAAAAGAUGAAGAACUAUUGCAGGGAGUGCAAAACAGAUCUGCAGAGAUUCGUGAAGAGAUUUAAUGAGUUCAAAAACAUCAACAAAGAGCUGGACUUAAAGAACAAACAGCUGCUUAUCAAAAAUCAGCAAAUGAGGCAAAGAGUUACAGACGUCUUGAUGGAGAAGAAACCUCAAUCUGAAGAUUUAGAGAAGGUCACAGGUCAAGAGAAGCCGCAACUUACUGGGACAAUUCUUCAACUUCAACAAAAGGUAAAACACUUGACAGAACAAGUCAGAGAAACUUACAAAAUCCAAACUGAGACACAGGAUUCAAAAGAGGGCAUAAGCCAAGAGAAAAAGACCCAACUACAGCAAGAAAACAAGACCUUAAGAGAGACACUGGAGCACAACAGACAGAUGUUAAAAGAUGCUGAGCUUAGAGCAGAGAGAUCACAGAUAGAAAAAGAUGAACUGGAGAAAUGCUUGCUCACCAUGCAGACUGAGAAAAAUUUACUGCGACAGGAAGUGACACAGCUCCAUAAGGAAUAUAUGAGCCUUACUAACAGUAUCUUACUGCAGCUGCAAGAAAAUAAGAAAGCUAAAGUCAAGGAUGUAAUGAAACAGCAGGUUUUUAGGGACACCAGUAAAGAGGCAUGCAUUACAAAUCACCAUAGCAAAGCUAUACACAGUUCAGCACCGUGUAGGAUGAAGCCGAUGAAGAUGUAAUAUGAGGAUGAGAAAGAUAAAAAAACUUGGAAACCUGAAGGACAGUAGUCUUUCUCCCUUAAAAGAUUGUAAAUGGCAUUGUCAUUAUUUUUAUUCUGAAGUAAACUAUACUGAAAAUUGACUUUGUUCUUUGUUUCAAAUGCCACCUACUACAGAAGGUUAUAGAUCACAUAAAUAAUAAUCAAAUCUUAAACAUACAACCUUUCUGUUAAAAAUAACUAUCUACACAGUUUAGGACUAAAAUGUUUUUUCAUAAUCUUAGAAACCUUUUGAUCUGAAGGCAUAUAUCGUAUACUUAAAAAUGUGUUGAUUAGUUGCAAAUAUAAUUGUGCCAACAUGUCUUUAUAAUUUUGAUUUAAAAAUGCACAAUAUGCCCUAAAUAAAUAAUAAAGAAAAACUGUCACAAGAAGCUUGUUUUUUGCAUAUUCUAGGCAAACGUUGAAUACUUGAAUUCAACUUGAACGUUGAAUGAAAAUGCUAAAGUAUAACAGUUUUAUUUUAUUUUGGGUUUUUUAGAUACAAGUAGUUAUUUAUUUCAUCGUUUUUAAAAUGUUUGUUUCUAUUAUUCUAAAUGCAGAGGAAAAGAAAUAAAACAACAAGUAUGUGACCCUGAACAUUUGAACAGUGAUGCAUAUAGUUAAA